CACAAACAUCCACUCACACCCACACACACACUCACACACACACACAGACGAAGAGGCGACAGACAGACAGACAGACAGACAGGGAGACAGAAAGACAGACAGACAGACAGACAGCAAGAGAGAGAGCAGACAGCCAACCAAGAAAGUAAGCAACCAGGGGGUACACUUAAAAAACAGCCGGACAAGAGCCGAGUAUACAUAACAUGCACACCAGCCGGACAAGAGCCGACUCUUCUAGCCCGUCAGGGCGUCGGCACAUCCACCGACGGCUUGGCCUCCUCGGCGGCCGACUCGGCCUCGGCCUCGGUAGCAGGUGCGGGUGGCGGAGCAGGCGAGGCCUCGUCUUGGGCAGGGGCGGGGGAGCUGUCGUCUUGGGCGGGGGCGGGGGCAGCGCCGUUGGGGAAGAUGGGGCGCAGGCGGUGGUGGUCGCGGGGGAAAGGGGUGCGGCGCUGGGGCGGCUUGCCCGUCAGACCGUACUUACGGUUCACCUGACAGGACAGGCGACACGCAUGUCCAAUGCAGACACUGUCUGUCUGUCUGCUGUCUGUCUGCGUGUUGGUGGGGUGCAGUGCAUGUCAUGUCACCAGUCAGUGCCUGUGCACACCAUACCUGCUCCAUCUCUUCGUCGAGCUCGAGGAGGUCCCCCUCCAUGUCAGCGUACACCUGGAUGGAUUGCAUGGAUGGAUGGCCGACAGAGAGGCAGACAAUGGAUGGAUGGAUGAUUCGAUCCCUCCCUCCCUCAGUGUUUCUUGUGCUCACCUCUUUGUACUGGAGGUGGGUGUCAAUUAUCUCCUUUGCGAGCGAUACGUUGGCCCGCUUCCCACACAACUCGUAGCUGCACCGGUCGGGGUGGUACCUACACCCACACCACCCACACCACACAACAGACGCCACAAAGUCCACAAGCCCAUGGAUCCACCUUGCCCCGUCUAAACCCGUCCCUCCCUCCUUUGCAGCCGUACGUACGUCAUUUUGAAGAUGCCGGACGUCUGGGCCACCUCCCUCUCAGACAGCCGCCCCUUGUUGUGGUAGUGCAUACGCCUGGACGGCCUCUCGCCACCACCACCAUCUUCACCACCAGCAGCACCGUAGGGAGGCGAGCCGUCAUCGUCUCGCGGGCGGUGCGGGUUGAUCCACAUGAAGUCAUCCUUGGUGAGGGUCACGUGCUCGCUCACGAACUCAAAAGCCGCUCUGGCGCGCCCCAGGGUGUCUUGGGAGCGGCCGAAUAUCCUGACCUUCGCCAUGCCGUCAACCGAGUUCAACACGCGAAUGUCAACCUGACAACAGCGACAAUAUGUGUGUGUGCAUGUGUGUGAUAGAACCGACCGAUCUCGCCCACCCACCCACCCACCUUGAAGUCGCUUUCGAUCUGCUUGAUGUGCUGUCCGUCUUUGCCGAUGUGCAAACCGACCAUGCUCUCGGGCACCUCGAACUCGAGCUGCUGGCUCUCCUCGUACUUGGUGCGGUGGGCCUCGAGGGCCUUGAGCUGCAGCGCCGGGCUGUGCUUGUGCUCCUGGAUGUGUGCCGGGUGGUUCUUUUGUCUGUUGUUGUACUGGUAGACCGCCUCAGUGGUCUCCUUGCCGUCGGCGGUCUUCUGGGGCCGUCGCGCUUUGCUGGCCUUGGGUGACGCCUCACUGGCCGGCGCAGAUGGGACGGAUGCGGCUGAGGGUGGCGGGGCAGCACUGAGAGGCUUCGGUGAGGACUCCGACGGGCCCGACUUGUCCUCGUGAGAUGAAGUCUUCUUGUCGUAGGAGCUGGCGGCCUUCUUGCCCUUCUUGCCCCGGGUCACCACAACCCACCAGUCAUCGGACGCCGCGGGCCUCUCCUCAGGCUUGGCCUCCUCCUCCUUGCCCUCUGCCACCAGUGGCGCCGGAGAGACCUCUGCUGGUGCAGCGUCCUCAGCAGCAGCAGCCGUGUUAGACGUCGGCACGUCCACUGGCGGGUUGGCCUCCUCGGCGGCCGGCUCGGCCUCGGCCUCGGUAGCAGGUGCGGGUGGGGGAGCAGGCGAGGCCUCGUCCUGGGCAGGGGCGGGGGAGGGGGAGGCACCGUCGUUGGUGGGCGAUUCUGAGCUGGGCUUGGUCUUCCUCUUCUUCUUGUUCUUCCGCUUCUUCUUCUUGCCCGCGCCCCCCUCUUGCUGGCUGCCCUGCACGUCCUCCUCGGCCUUCUCGUCAGUCUCCUCGCCUCCCUCCUUGGUGCCGUCGGUAGCAGCCGCACCAUCACCCUCAGUAAUCUUGCCCUCGCCGCCUGGGCCAUCCUCCUUGGACUCCUCGGUGCCCCCGUUCAUACCGGUCUCCUCGACACGGGGCGACGCCUCCUCCUUCUCGACGACCGGCUCAGGGGCAGCCUGGGCCUCGACCUCGCCCUCGAGGGAAGCAGCGGGCUCGCGGGCCUGGUCGGCAGCAGCGACUUCUGCUGGCGCUGGUGCGGCUGCUGCAGCUGCUGGUGCAGGGGCGUCGUCAGCGUCGCCAGCGUCUCCGGGGGCUGGGGUCUCUUGCUGUCCAGCUGCCGCUUCGGCCGCCUUGCGGGCUUUCUUCUUGGCCCGGCGCCUCGCCGACUUGGACAGCGUCGAAGUGGCAGCUGCCGCAGCGGCAGGGGCAGCGGGGGAUUCGCCGCCCUCGUCAUUCUCGCCCACUCCAGCCUCUCCCUCACGCUCUCCCUCGCCCUCUCCCUCCUGCUGGUUUCCCCCCGUCUCGGCAGCCGACUCCUCCCGGGGGGCACACGACUCAGCCGCAGUGGCGUCGACAGCCUCGGGCACGGGUGGGGGCUGGGUGUCAGCAGCCUCUGUGGGGGUCGGUUCUGUGUCGGUACCGUCCUGGGAUGGUGCAGCCGGUGGGCUGGCAGCAGGUCGGUUUGUGGCUCCAUCGUCGGCGGGGGGAACUAUCCACGAUGAUGGGCGCCGCGACUUGUUGUUGCUGUGGUUGUUUGCGGGGGAUACCGACGACCCGACAGAGCGACCUGCAGUGCAGCAAGGAAGACACAUCACAUGCACACAUGGAUGGAUGGAUGUGCAGGUCAGGUCGUUCGGUCAAAAGCCUGCUCACCUUGAGUACUAGCAGACGCGCGCUGCUGGGGUGGCACCGAUCGCAUGGUGUUACCUUCAGAGCGGGCGCACUCGCGGGCCAGGGCGGCCUCCACAACACCGUUCCCACCAUCAGCAUCACCACCUCCCCGUCCGCGGUCUCGCCCUAUUCUCCGGCCGCGCCCGCCGACAGGCCCAGUGCUCGAGGUGCCCCCAGUGACCGCCACACGCGCACGAGUUGAGCACACACCCCCAAACACGUCGACCUGACAAUACCCAGACAGGCACAAGAUACCACACACGACAUGAGACGGACUGACAUGCCCACCAUCCUCCCUCCCUCCCAUCCAUCCAUCCAUCCGCUCCUCUCACUCACCUCGUCAAAUUGAUCCACGGGGGCUUUCACGUCCACAGGCGGGGUGGGGGCGUUGGAGGCCGAGGCCGCGUUGGCGCUCUGGCCGCUGCCCUUCUGCAGCAGCUGCAUCGACCUUCCCUCCGACAUCGUCUCAGACGACGCAGCCGGGCUGGGCUCGGGUGACCUCGCCGGCGGCACGCGCACCUCGGGCGGUGUCGUCGUCAGCUCCUGCUUGGGGGGCUGCUGUGGCUGCUGCUGCUGCUCAUCGAUGUGAGCAGCCAUGGCGGACACGAGCACCGCUGCACACAUUCCGACAGCAGAUGCACAAGGCCCCGUUUCGUACACACAUGUGUUUGUCUAUGUCCGUGUGUGUGUCUAUCUUCCGUACACACCUUCUGUGAUGCCGUGAAGUCGGAGUAUGAAGCCCAGGAACCAGCGGAAUGGGCCGCCUGUUGUGAAUUUCUUGAACUCGGCUACGACAUGGGCCACUGCAUGCGUACAUCCCGACAGCAGAUAGUGACAACCGCACAUACGCCUCAUCGAUCCACCACGCCCCUUCCAUGUCAUGUGCGUACCAUCCGUCGCCAGUAGGGUGUCCAGAUCGCCGUCGUCCGUGCUUGCCGCAUGGCAGGGGUCCGUCUUAGAAGCCGCUGCACACAACACACAACACACAGACACACACACACACACACACAAAACACACAACACACACGUGUGUGCAGAUCCCCACGUGUGUGCAUGUGCUCCCUCCCUCUCACCCGUCGAGUAGUAGGCAGCGAAUGCCCGUGUGUGCGCCAUGCCGGGAAGGAAGGCCGCGCCGGAGAACAUCUGAAGCGGCCCGCACAGACGAAACAUCAGAGAGAGGCCGCAAAGGGAUAGGCCGCCUACUUACUGAUGCCUUGUGUGUCGCAGGGAAUCGAAGAGGGACCUGAAGCACACACAGGCAGACAACCCGACCAUCACAUACGCAGAGACACCAGACAACACGCAGUGGACACCCACUGGCAGAUCCAUCCAUCGAAAUGGACCCUCUCUCCCUGACGUCGCCCGCCCUCUCUGUCCAGCACCCCAUCCUGCCUCCCCGCUGACUUUCAACGCGCCUCUCACGCCCAUGUGACGCUUCCCUCUCACGGCCAGCCCCACCAUCCAUCCCAGGACUGAGCUGCCCCUCCUGACCUACACUCCCUGUCUGUGCCGUACCUCACCGUGGUGGGUGCACGUGGGCGAGAGGGAGGUAGAGGGAGGGGGAACCGAACCGACGAACAGUCCGAGAGGCCACGAGGCGGGGAUCAGCCGCUGCAGGCUCGACAAGACUAACGGGCUACACAGGCCGACAGGCCGUCACAGGCGGUCACGGGCCGUCGCACAGGCCGUCUGCCUCUGCCGGGAGGAGGGUCUUCC